AUGACAAAAGGUCAAUUAAAUAAUCUUAACCAAUUAAUUGGAUCUAAUAAUAUUACUGAAAAUAUAAAAAAUAGAAAAAAUGACAAUUUAUUCAUUGUUGAUGGAACAGCUGAAGUCUUCAAUAAAGAUAAUAAUAUUCCAGUAUUUGAAAAAAAUAUAAAUAAUGAAAAAAAUCACCCAACAUUAAUUCCUUUUUUAUUUGGACAAAAGAAUGAAAGAAAAUUUGUUACAACAAUAAAACCUCCAACAACAAAAAUUUUUACAUUAUUUCCAACAUUACCUAAUAUUUUUACACCUUUUACAUUACCAAAUAUUUUUAUAACAACAACCAAAAAACCAAUGAUAAAAAAAAAUAAAGAAAAAUUAGGUAAUAAUUCUUCUAAUGAUAAAAAAAUAAAUAAAAAAAAUAAAAAUAAAAGUAAAAUUAUUAAACCACCAAAAGAAUUAAUUAAUAUUGAUGAAAUUGAUAUUGAUACUAAUAAUGAAAUUAUACCUGUUAACAUUCAACAACCAAAAUCAUUUAUAAUAUCAAGUAGUGAUAUAAAUAAUAAUAGAACAACAAUAUCAUUACUUACAACAACUAGUAGUAGUAUUAUUCCUGAAUUUCAUAAAUCCUCAAAUAAUGAUAAAUUGAUAAGAGGUAUAAAUUGUGGAAUGGAACCAGACUGGAAACCAUGUAUAACAAUUUCUGAAGCAAAUACACGUCUUUCAAAUUGUUGUAAGCUAAAAAAUAUGCCAUCUGGAUGUCAGGAGUUAUGUCGAUAUGACAUAACACAAGAAGAAGUUAAACAAGCUUUAAAUUUAGGAAAAUGUUCCCUUCUUAAUGUUGCUCCAUUUUUAGAAUGUGCAGCUGAAAAAAAAGAUAAUAUUAAUUGUUGUAGAUCAAAAAAUAUUUCAGGUAAAAGUGGUCCACAAUGUGAGGUAUUUUGUACAGCAAAUAAACCUGGUCCAAAUCCAUAUGGUAUAUUAGGAAUUCAACAUAUAUCUUGUGGACAAACAAUGUAUGAUCUUUUACAAUGUCAUCUCAGUGGUUUAGAUUAG